CGGUCGAAGGCUCGCGGGGGGGGGGGCGGGGGGCUCAGGGUGGAAGGAGAGUUACAGGAUGUCAGAGAAUGACGCCUCCGGGGAACAGGCGACCUAAAGCCUGGACACCACUACCUGCCUCAAGACACGUGAGAGACGGGGUCGAAGCUGGUGUCCAAAAAGAUCAAGGGUUCCGUGCCCGGAGUUCAGGGAGUUAGUUUGAUGUAGGAGGUCACAGGUUUCAGGUGAGAAGGCUCUGAGGGUGUCACAAACCUAGGGAGUCGAACCUUUGGGGAGGGUUGAAACUUUUCUAGGGCAGAGCUCCGUUCGGUUAGAGUUCCAGAAGAUGGUAUCUUAUGGGGGCGAGGAGAGCCCGUCAAAGGUCAUAGGAUUAGCGGGCCCUUAAAGCUGUAGACCGAGGAGUGACCUCACUUGAUUUACUGUUGUCAUGCGUGCUACUCUCUUGACCAGAGGGAUCCCAGCCACUAUGGAGGACCCGCAUCCCGAAGAGACCAUGGAGCAGCAGGAUUCGUCCAAGGAGAGGAGUCCCCGCAGUCUAGAAGGCGACAUCUGCCACCUGGGGGCCCCGCAGUGCACCCGCUGCCUCAUCACCUUCGCCGAUUCCAAGUUCCAGGAGCGCCACAUGAAGCGGGAGCACCCAGCGGAUUUCGUGGCCCAGAAGCUGCAGGGGGCCCUCUUCAUCUGCUUCACCUGCGCCCGCUCCUUCCCCUCCUCCAAGGCCCUGAUCGCCCAUCAGCGUGGCCAUGGCCCGGCCACGAGGCCCUCCGCGCCAGUUGCACCCACCGCUGCCUCGCCCACCUUCCCCUGUCCUGACUGUGGCAAGACCUUCGGGCAGGCUGCUUCUCUGAGGCGGCACCGCCAGGCGCAUGAGACCCGCACCCCUCCUGGCCCCUUCGCCUGCACAGAGUGUGGUCAGGACUUUGCCCAGGAGGCCGGGCUGCAUCAGCACUACAUCCGGCAUGCCCGGGGGGAGCUCUGAGUGAGGGCUAAUCCCUCCCUAGGGCAGUGGGGGUUCUGUGGCUGCUGGAACCCACCUCUGAUAUAGAUGGGAGCCUUGGAGGGAUUUGCUUUCCUCCCUGGACAGGCAAAGGACUUCUGAUAAAUAAUAGGACCCAGAAGAUUCUCAUCUGGAGCUCCAGUCUUUGGAGGACACAAAGGCCUUCAGGGAUACAGUGAAAUUAGACAAUAAUGAAAUCUUUUGUUUAAAAAAAAAAAAAGCAAGCAAGCAAAAGGGACAGUUGUCGUUAUCUCCCUCAGUCCCAUUAAAUAGUUUGAAAUCACAACUA